AUGCUGACGAAUCGAGCGUUCCGAAUUCUUACCUACCUGUUCGGUAGCAUAAACAUAUUCUUCGUACUGGUCAUCUUGAGCAUGGGAGCCGAACAGCUGUUAAUCGACUGGCGAACAGCUAUAUACGAGCUUGUGAUACCGUGUGCCUUAAACAUCCUUUUCGCAAUGUGCUGGAUCAUUGGCGCUGGCCUGUGGCGUCCCGCACUGAUCGCCAUGUUUAAAUACUUCACCUACAUCCAGAUGGUACUGCUGGCUGCCGUCAUUUUGUACUCAGCGUACUACAGCUACGCCAAAGGGCUUUCCUCCAAUCUGCUUACCGUAAUGUCGCUGUUGACCUCAUUAUUUUUCCUCUGCCUAAUGGAAGUCCUCAUAGCGAUCGGGACGGAACGAGCCAUAGCGAAGGAACGGAAUGUUUUGCGGCUCGUACACACGGGCCAGGAAAUGUCCGACUGGAGUCACACGUAGGGUAAUGCUAUCAAUGCUCUGGUUGCAAUCGAAAAUGCCUUUGUGAAGUAUAAUUUUGAAAAGCUUUAAGCUCUCGAUGGCCUUAUAAUAAUGAUGUUGGCUUUAUUGUUAUUAUAAAUGCAUGGUAAUGCUGGUAAACAGAACGAUAACUGUUGUAGUACGUAACGUGUAAUAUGUCCGCCAAAAUACCUCAUGUAAAACAGCAUGUAGCUG